AUGGCGUACGGAAUGGGUGCGUGCCAGCAGCUGGCAACGACACUAGGUACCCUACCUGGCGUAACCGUCCUCAACACAGCAUACUUCACCGCCGGUACCAGCAUUUCGUUACCGGACCUCGUUCCUUCGUGCGCAAAUGCCGCAACCUACGACAAAGCAAGCGUGACGACGGAUAUGUGCCGCGCGGUUUUGAACGUCACCACUAGCUCUUCCAGUACCGACCGAAUCGAAGCAUGGCUGCCAGAUGAUUGGAAUGGACGCUUUCUGGCGACAGGUAACGGUGGAACAGGAGGCUGCAUAGACUAUGGCAAUCUUCAAGGAGCUAGUAGUUUCGGCUUUGCUACGUUUAGCACAAACGGUGGCCAUGAUGGACAAGCUGGAUACGACUUCUUCCUCAACAAGCCAGAGAAUAUCAACGACUUUGGAUACAGGGCCAUUCAUGUUGAAGCAGUGACGGGAAAACAGGUUGUAGAGAAAUACUACGGUCGAAAGGCGAGCUACAACUACUACACCGGAUGCAGUACCGGGGGUCGUCAAGCUUUCCAAGAGGCAAUCAUGUAUCCCGAUGACUUCGACGGCAUCUUGGCAGGAGCAAUGGCUGUAGAUUGGCUUCAUAUUGUUGCUUCGAAAGCCGUUCUUGCGCGCCGUCUCGGAUGGCCCAAUCUGAGCUCCCCCAGCUAUAUUACUGCAACGCAGUGGGCAGCUAUAGUAGCAACACAAGUAGCGCUUCUGGACUCCCUAGACGGCGUCAAAGACGGCAUCAUCGAUAACCCCACGCUCCACAACUUCGAUCCUUCCAUCCUGUCCUGCGGUACCGGCGUCCUGAACGCCUCUGUCUGUCUAACUCCCGCUCAAGUAAACACGGUGCGAGAAAUCUACCAACCCCUCGCCAACAGCUCCGGUAACAUCGUCUACCCAUCCUUUGAAGUCGGCGUCCCAACCGGUGUUUUCUCCGCAAACACAGCAGUCGUAAACGGCACGAUGAUACCUAAGCUUGCCUACGGCCUCGUAGACGACUAUUGGCGUGGCGCAGUAUACAAUGACACAUCAUUCUCCUCACUCAACUUCACCACAAAGGACAUGGACUUCGCCGCCAACCUCAACCCAGGCGGCAUUAACAUCGCCGGCGGCGUCUCCCACAAUGUCUCUGCCUUCCACGCCCGCGGUGGAAAAUUCAUCGCAUACCACGGCCGCUCCGACCCCACAGUCAUGUCCGGUCUUGCAUCCCGUACCUUCCAGCGCACCGCCGAAGCGCUAAACUUUUCAAUCGACCAAAUGCACGACUUCUACCGCUUGUUUUACGUUCCCGGUAUGGGACAUUGUUCCGGCGGAAUCGGGCAGUGGUAUAUUGGGCAGCCAAUGCCGGUUCGUCCGUCGGGCGAAGAGUUCAAUAAUACACAGCAUAAUGUGUUGUUGGCCAUGGUGAACUGGGUGGAAAAUGGGAUUGCGCCUAAGCAUUUGAUCGGGACUAAAUUCAAGGAUGAUGAUUUCGAAGGGGGUGUGGUGGAGAGCCAGAGGACGCAUUGCGUGUAUCCGAAUGUAAUAUUACGAUGCCCCGCCGCCUACCUCGCUCCCAAAGCCUCCCUCCUCGACUGGCCCCCCAGAUUCAAAUACGGCGCCUCGCCCAAACUCGCAACCCGAUCACCCGCCCUCGCCUCCUCAUAA